UCUGUGCGGCAUAUCCGAAUCGACGGGAAGACACCAUCUGAACAGCGUCGAGUCGUUUGCGAACGUUUUCAGCUCGAGGAGGCCUGCAAGGUUGCCCUCCUGUCCAUCACGGCGGCCGGCACUGGAAUCAACUUGACUGCCGCCACACUGGUCGUGUUUGCGGAACUCUUUUGGAACCCCGGCGUACUCAUUCAAGCCGAGGAUCGUGCCUACCGCAUAGGGCAGCAGGAUUCAGUCAACGUGCAGUACCUCCUGGCCGAGGGCACAGCAGACGAUCAUAUCUGGUGCGUGGUCCUUUUUUUUCAGACUCUCAGCCAUUUUCCAUGCAACAGUCGUGUCAAUGA